AGUUUCUCUCGAACUUUAGCACCUUUUCUUGGGCGUUGACUUUUGUUGACUUUUUCUCUUCCCGAGAGUUAACUUUUGUUGAUUUUUUGCAAUUUUGGCUCAUUUCACUCGCUUUUGCUCAUUUUUACAGAUUUCUUCAGAUGGUCGACGAUAUUCCAUAUGGCGGAGGCUCCCCGAGGGUAGAGGAUGAGCCCGACGUUAUGUUGUUGCCUCUGAGGAUACGACCGUUCGACCCAGAGAGGUACCACCCGCGGGAGCAUAUACUACCUCCCAGUACCUUCCAUCAUUUUACCGACUUCGCGCGACAGGCGCCCACAGACUUACUGCUACGGGAGCCGAAGUGUCAUCUAUCUCAUCAUGCGCGAGAGGUAUCUUCCCAUUUCACAUGGGAUUACGGAUCGAUCAUCGCUAGGGAGUGGUACAUGGAGCUCCCAGAUGCUGUCCGGCAUAUUGUGGACGAGGUAGGGUUUGGCCCCUUUUGUGCGGGACUGUUGCGUCAUCGGACGAGCAGGACCCUUCUGGGUGCACUUGUAGAGAGAUGGUGGGACACCACCAACUCCUUCUAUUUUUCUGCCACCGGGGACAUGACGAUGACCCCGUAUGACUUCUCCAUAUUGACGGGCCUCGACGUGGUAGGCCGGCCGGUCCCAUACGACGCGGACAUGAGUGGGAGGCAGCUUGGACUUACCUACUUGGAGCUCAUCCGCCGCCCUACAGAUCACCGGGCAUGGUUAGGUACACCUGGUUUGCAGAGCAGUACAGAUGGAUUAUGCCCAAGACUAUGGAGGCCCUACAGCAGUAUGCCCGGGGGUUUUUGAUGUUCCUUCUCGGGACCACUCUGCUCUCCGACAGGGGAACAUAGUUGGGCUUUAUCUACUCAGUGCUCUGGUAGACUUAUCACAGGUCCGACACUUGGAUUAGAGCGGCGCUGGCCUCGCUACCCUUUACUGCUACAGAAGCGCGACCUCCCGAAAGCGAGGGACCAUAGUAGGUGGCUACUGGCGAGCCUGGGAGUCUUCUGGCAACCACUGUCUUGCCUUUCACAGCUAUGGGUUUAUGCCUACUUCCCGACACUCACCCCUGAGCUCGAGGUCAAGGCACCUCUCGAGAUCCCUUAUUCAUGCAGAUUCGAUGGUCGGUUCCGGUCUAAGCCCCGGGAGACUCGGUCAUAUUUGAGGCAGUACUUUAACACCGUCCGGGCGACCGAGAUCACUUGGCAGCCUUGGCUGGCGAUACCCGGGUAUUCUCGAUUCGAGUUCGCGCAUGGGGCGCAUCUCGAUACAGGGUUUUGUUCGAGGGACCAGCCGGCAGAGCCUGGUUUCUCGAGGAUCGCUUCAUGCGCCAGACGAUGGGUAAUCCCACUCAAGAUAUCCCCUCAGCACCUUCACUAGACAUACGGUCCACAGAGAGUCUCACCCCCUGGGAGGUUGACGACCUUAUGCUGGGUUCCGACAUAAUUUUUUUCCUGGAGGAGGAGUACGUGACAUACUGCCAUACAUACUUGAUGCCUCCACUAACAGGUGUCCGUACUCCUACAAGGAGGGUUGCUGAUAUGCCAUCAUCGAGUCGCGCUCGAGCUGCAGACGUCCCUUCCACUAGCAGGGCCGGUACAUCGAGGGGUGGGGCUAGAGGGAUCCCCCCGACUUGUCAUUACGCUGGGUGGCCAGAUCUUUCGACCAAGCUGACGGGCUGGCAGUAUGGGACAUCAUACUCAAUUCCACUGGAGCCUCUGAUGCCCGACCAUCGAUACAUCAAUGACCCUGACUCACCACCGCCUCCCAGAGAGUAUACUGAGGGAUUGCUCAGAGUGGUGGCCUCACUUGAGAGCAUGGUCCUGCCAAGGGAGACGCUGCUGUAUGCCUCCGGCGUUCGGGUCCCACUUCUACAGACUGGGCCAUUUAGGCCUUCUAGAGCAGCUAGGAGAGGGGUCUCAACUCGCAGCCGGGGGGGACGCAGAGCACCUGCCAGACAGGAUGAUGAGUCUAGCGAGGAGGAGGAGUCAGAAAUAGAGAUUUCUUGAGAUGGCGGGUCAUUUUCCCCUUGACGGAGGUUCUCCAGGUGCCGGAGAUGAUCCAGAUAUCAUGUCUCUGCCGCCGAGGAUUCGCCCAUUUAUUCCCGAGAGGUACGACCCCUCGACGCACAUCCUUCCACGGGCAGUUUUCUAUCAUUUUACAGACUUCGACGAUCGAGCCCCCGUGGAUUUGCUAUUGUGGGAUCCGGAGUUCCAUCUCUCCUAUCAGGCACGGGAGGUGUCCUCCCGUGUUACACGGGGAUACGGCUCCAUUGCUGCGAGGGAGUGGUAUGCAGAGCUCCCAGAGGCCGUCCGUGAUUAGGUCGAUCAGGUAGGGUUCGGGCCCUUCUGUACUGGGAUAUCUCGCUAUCCUGCCAGCAGGACGUUGAUGGGCGCCCUUGUGGAGAGGUGAUGGGACACCACCAAUUCUUUUCAUUUCUCA